AUGCCGCUGAGACCAAAUUACAAGGCCUCAUCGCGAAGCGGGUGUCUGGAGUGCAGGGACCGGCGAAUGAAGUGCACCCGGGAGCAACCCAAAUGCUCUGGCUGCACCCGCCACAACAUCCUAUGCCAGUACCUGUCAUCCACAGCCUGGCAGUCCCCCACUCCUUCGCCUAGAUCUUCCCCGUCGAUCCUAGAUUCGCCGCUAUCCGCAGAGUACGGUGACUCCAUGGCGUCCUUCAGUCCCCGCUCGCCUCCUGAGGAUCUCCAUACCCGCGAGUUGGAGCUCAUGGUACAAUGGUGCACAGAGACCUAUCGCACCAUCUCCCGCAAUAGCGCCGUGGAAUGGAUCUGGCACGCCGUCGUUCCACGUGAGGCGAUGCGCUACCCGGCCCUGAUGCAUGGCAUCAUGGCCGUGUCCGCGCUCCAUCUAUCCUUCACCAGUAGCGGCAGCACGAAAGACCUCUAUCUACGAAUGGCGCAUGCCCAUCAUAGCCAGGCUGCCGUCGGCGUCACCUCCAAGGCCGCCAGCAGUCCUAAUCUGGCCGACUGCAAUGCGACGUUCGCACUGUCCACUGUCAUGAUCGUCUACUCCUUCGCAUGCGCCCGUGUUACGGGACCGGCCAAGGGCAUGCCCGUGCUGGAUGAGCUCUGCCGGGUGUUUCGCUGCGCGCAAGAGUCGGCCGAUGUGCUGCCAGCGCUGGUCGACCGGGUCAGCCAGGGGGAAUUGCGUUCGCUACUGGCAUUUGACAACUCCCAGCCCAAGAUGCCCGACACCUCACGACUCGCCAUCAUGUCGCUGUCACGGCUGAAUGCGAGCCUGGCCGCUCGGGACCCCAGCCACGAAACGGCCAUGUACGACACGAUUAUCAACUAUCUGGGCGACUCGUUGGACAAGUUGGCCCGAGGGGGCGAGAUUAUGGUUAUUCUGUUCUACUGGAUUUUCAACCUGCCGUCGCGAUACCGGGACCUGCUCACGGAGCACCAUCCGUUUGCACUGGUCAUCCUGGCUCAUUACGCCGUGGUCAUCCAUUCGCUGAGGGGCAGUUGGUGGAUGGGCAAUCUGGGGUCGCGACUUAUCGAGCAGAUCGGACAAAGUCUAGGGCCCGAAUGGAGACCCGCCAUCGACUGGGUCAUUGACGCAACGGGCUGUUAUAUCCCUCCUGUAUGA